AUUCCAAAACCUCUCUUUCUCUCACUACAGAGCGAAUUCCGACUGGAAAUCAACGAAGCUUGGAAAUCAUGGCGGUCGGGUUUUCCAUCGCCAGUUUACAUGUUUUCCGGCUCACGCAAAACGCGUUUUUCGGUUCGGAACCGAAGCUGAUUCUAAACCCUGCUUCUACUUCCAUUCUUCUUAGUUCUCCAAUUCGUCGUCAAUUCGAUUUAGUGGUUCCUUAUUCAGUGCGGAGGAAGAAUUCGACUAUGGUAUCGUUUGUGGCGGGGAACGCGAAAUCGGAUUAUACAAUUAAAGAUCCAAACAAGGAAGGAGGAGGUGAAGAUGAAGGAGAAGAGGAUAAGGUGGAUGAAGUGGAGAGACAGAUCUCGUCUGCACGGCUUGAAGAGAAACUCGCUAGGAAACAAUCGGAGCGGUUUACGUAUCUUGUUGCGGCGGUUAUGUCCACCUUUGGAAUUACUUCUAUGGCGGUCAUGGCUGUUUAUUACCGGUUUCACUGGCAAAUGGAGGGAGGAGAGAUUCCAUAUUCGGAGAUGUUUGGUACAUUUGCUCUAUCUGUUGGUGCAGCUGUAGGCAUGGAAUUCUGGGCUCGAUGGGCACAUAAAGCUCUAUGGCAUGCUUCCUUGUGGAACAUGCACGAGUCUCAUCACAGACCCAGAGAAGGUGCUUUUGAGCUGAAUGAUGUAUUCGCCAUUAUCAAUGCUGUCCCUGCCAUUGCUCUACUUUACUAUGGUUUCUUCAACAAAGGCCUCAUUCCUUGCUUCUCUUUUGGCGCUGGACUAGGAAUAACUGUGUUUGGGAUGGCCUACAUGUUUGUCCACGAUGGCCUGGUUCACAAGAGAUUCGCAGUGGGUCCUAUUGCCAACGUGCCUUACUUAAGAAAAGUGGCUGCUGCCCAUCAGCUUCACCACUCGGAGAAAUUUGAUGGUGUCCCAUAUGGGUUGUUCUUGGGUCCUAAGGAACUAGAGGAGGUGGGGGGAUUAGAUGAGCUGGAAAAGGAGAUCAAUAGGAGGAUCAAAUUAGCCAAAAAGACACCCUAAUCAUAAUAAGAGAUCUAUAAUAAUAAUAAUUCUCUCAUAGUUUUUUUUUCUUCUUUUUUUUUUUGUAAUAUUAGAUAGCAACAAAAAAAAAAAGUAGUUGUUUCAAGUUAAUGACAUUUCUCCCUUCCAUUUUAGGGAGUUUGGA